AUGGGGUGGCUCCACCCGUACCCAAACCCGGCGGGUGCCAUCCCUAACUCUUGGGUCUGCACGACACGAUUCUUAAAGCACCUCUGGGCUGACUCGCCGGGAACGGCCAAAUCAACAGUUUCCAGCGAGUCAGGCCUGAGCGGUGCUUUGAAGCGCACGUGGGUGGCUCUGACGACAUAUGCAUGGUGCGACACUGGCUUCGACAACCAGCUCGUCAUCCAGGAGGCCGCCACCGUCGGCCUCCGCAGCCUGGAGCUCCUGGUCCCCUCCCCCUCCAGCGCAGCGCCGUCCAAGGCGCCGCAGCAGCACCAACAGCCGUUCAAGGAGAUCUCCGACCAGGCUGUCUCCAUGUUCCGCAAGGUGACCUCCACCCUCGACUGCAUCGGCCAUGCCCGAUUCCGUCGCGUCCUCGAGCGCGUCGCCGCAACCUCGGCCGUCGGCGUAGCGCUGGGGGUGCGCCUGCUCCUCCUCCUCUCCCGCUCGCGCGCGCUCAAGCCGCUCGCCACCACCACCUCCGCCGCCGCGGCCGCGCUCCGAGCGCCGCGGCUCCUCGCCGCCGCCUCCUCCCCGCUCGCCGCCCUCCUCGCCGCCUCCAAGGCCGCCUCCAAGUCCUACAAGGCGGCGCGCGCGCUCGACCCGGCCGCGCGUCUCCCCUCGCUGCCCUCCUCCAAGCGUGUCAAGGCCGCCUUCGCCGCCGCCUCCCUCCUCCGCCUCGCCCCGACCCUCCUCCUCCUCCCCGCCGCCGCCGCCUCCCCCUCCUCCUCCUCCUCCUCCCCCACCGCCCUCUUCGCGCUCGCGCUGCUCAAGUCCGGCUACAAGCUCUCCAAGAACUCCGCCAAGGUCGUCGAGGGCUUCCUCGGCCUGCAGGUCCACAAGGGCUUCCGCAACGGCGUCGACGCGCUCGGGGUCGUCGUCAAGGUCGCCGUCAUCGCCUCCGAGGUCGUCGUCUGGGUCGCCGUCAUCGCCUCCGAGGUCGCCGUCGCCGCGAGCGUGCUGGGCCUCGCCGAGGACUGGAUUGCUUUAAAAAAAACUAGGGACCCGAUUGCUUUUUUAGCCUGCUUAUGUGUGGGCCAACUCUGUCAGAAACGCACUUAA